AUGAAAAGACUGGUUCUGUCCUUACUGGUGGCUGUGGCUGUGGCCGAGAGACCGUCCCUCUCCUACGACGCCACUGCAUCCCGCCCAUCCUCACCCGUACAGCAGAUCCCCAUCAUCCGCGACGAGCGAGUCCAUCCUGCCGCUGACGGAACUUACAGCUUUGACGUUGAGACUGGGGAUGGCAUCGCCAGGCACGAAUCUAGCGGUCCAGGUGGUGUUCAACAGGGAACCGUAAGCUUCACCUUCCCAGAUGGCCAAGUCUUCAAUCUCCAGUUCGUCGCUGAUGUUAACGGUUGCCAACCUCAGUCGCCCUUCCUGCCCGUCGUCCCUGCAUUCCCCCACCCAGUCCCCGCCCACGCCCUCGAGCAGAUCGAACGUGGUCGACUCGAACUUGAAGCUCGCGCCCGUGAAGAGCAACGUCAGUCCUCAAGCCAGGGACAAACCGCACCUGCUCGCCACUACGGCCAACCUUAG